GCGGUACGCAGGUUUCGCGGUUUUACUUACGGCGCGGCAUAGUUUUGCGGUUUCAGGGACGAUCCGAGAUCGGUUUCCGAUAGUGUGCCCGACGGUAGUAGACAGUAGCAACAGAAGCAGCAUCAACUCAACAGCUCAUCGAUCGGCCGCGGUUUUCGCCGACGACGCUCAUCAAUCAUGGAAAUUCGGUGGAAGCGAAGUACCAGCAUGCUGGUGACGGUGCUGAUGCCUCUGGCGCUAGCCCUGAUAGCAGUAUCAGCAGCAAUCGGGAUGGUACGAGCUGCAGAACCACCGCCACUGGAGGUGGAAAGCGUUGGUCGGGGUUCCUUUGCCGGUAUAGAAAGCGGCACGCAACCUGACGACGCUGGCCACGAUCACUACCACUUUCGAUUGCCAGACGAGCUAAUUACGACGCGUGCUACCGGUGGUGGAGGUGGUGGUGCUGCUGCUGCUGCAGGACAGCAACCAGCGAAGCAGCAGCGACCACAGGGCAAGGAAACGAAAAAGUACCGGAAGAAGUAUGUGUCCGAAGACGAUUAUCGAAAAUCGAUGCCACGCGCCGAGGAGCAGCAGCAGCAGCCGGGGGCCGCAGCCCCGGACGCCACGGAUACGGCCACGGACCCGGUGGCCCAGCAAACCAGUGGCACGUCCAAAUCCAGCGAACCGCACAGCAGAAAGAAGCGUUUGAUCUGGGUUACGGAUGAUGGUCGGCUCGCUCUGCCGCCCGGUACGUCGCUGACCAUCGCACCAACCAUCGCGCUACCAUUUGUGCGCUAUCCGCCGACCGGCUUUCUGUCCAACAUUUCCAUCAGCUUGCCCAUAACGAUUGACUUCGAUAAACUGGGGCUCACGGAUAAUCAGAAUCCGCUCGGUGUCCUACCGCCACUGUUUGCCCGUUCGAUGGGUCAAGCGGCCGGUUCGGUGCUGGCCGACUACGUAUCGGAUUAUAUGCGGGUGCAGCGGCGCAAACGGAGCAUCUCGAGUUCGGCGAACGAAAACUUCAAGAUCACCACCAACAGGCUAGACGGAGACGAGGAACCGUCGAUACCGCAGCUUCCGGCUGAGCAUAAGCAUGCCUUCCACGGGGGAGAGAGGGCGCUGCUGUACGUGGUGGUUGAGGACUUUAUCGCGAACUUCGGGCUGGACGGUAGAGCUUGUAUGCUGCGUGCCAUAUGUGAGGUGCACUCCAAGUCGAUCGAAAAGUUUGGUCUCGUCGGAGAGAUGCUGAAGCUCUUCUUUACUGCUUCGGCAUCGCCCUAUUCCCAGCAUUUAGACGAGUACGUGAUGGCGGAAAAGGUUGGCCGUGGGCAGGAUGGACCGGGGGAGUGCUUCCCAUACUUCAAAGACUGUCCCCGGAGUCUGUUCCGUUCGGCGCAUAAUUUCCAGCACAAAUAUCAAGAGCCGGAACAGCAGCACAGUAACUCGGAAAGGACAACGAAUCGUCCGGAGGAGCACGAUUCCGAUGAACGAUUUGGGAACGAGAUCUACAACGACACCCACGAGGCGGAGUAUCUGGUCCGGGAACCACGUGCCAGCCGGUCACGGAGCAGCAGCAGCGGCAGCAGCAGUAGUAGUAACACCAAAGAAAACACCAUCGUACAGCUGGAGCAACAUGAUCUCGCAGAAAUGGCAAUGUGAGGUCGAAGGGAUGGUUGAGAAGGGGAGAGGGAGGCCAGCAGUCGUCACACAAAUCUAACUCGGGUUUAAAGGGUGCUAGGAGCACGUGUUCCUUUCGUCUUGGGAAGCGAGAACGGUAUCGAGUCCGAAGAAGAGGAAGCAGUCAGGGUUGUUCACCUUCAAUUGGGUUGUUAAUUGUUGCAGAUUGUUACAGUGCGCGUGGCACGGUUAGUUGUUUCUUAGUCUUGUAGAGAGAGAAGAGAGAGAGAGAGAUAGUUUGGGAGUUUGAGUGCUUGUUUGUUGGAGUGGAGAACGAACGUGUGAGAUCCAUAGGAAAACCAUGAGUCGAACCAACAGUAUCCGCAGAUUUCGUGUAGUUUAGGAUGAUUUUAUUUAUUGAAACUAUUUAUUAGCAACAGGUGUCCAUAUGCGUUUGCACAUAUCGUCGAUCGUUGGUUGGCGUGCGGUGUAAUGAAGAGAGAAAUAAAGCGAAACAA